AUGGAUAGCAGCCUCCUCACUCAAUCAAUCGCCGCGAAGCUCAAGCUCAAACGUCCCUGCAUUUCUUCUUUCUCCGAUUUGGCCCGAAUCUCGAGCCCGAAUCCGAAUCCAUUGGAUGCGCUGUUGGAAUCUUUUCUGGAUCUGUCCGAUUCAUCGGCGAUCUCGCUCGACCUCUCGAUCGAUCGGAUACUCGACUCCAGGCCCUGCGCGUCCGACAAGAACGACGUCGUCGAGCGGGCGCUCCGGCUCGGCUCGGCUCUCACUGAAGCCGCCCGGCGAGCCGCCAGGAGGCGCGCGUCCAUUCACAACGCCGUCGCUUGGGUGCUGCCGUCGGAUAUCACCAUCAAGGUAUUCUCGUUGCUCGAUACUCAAAGUGUAUGUCAUGCUGCGGCUGCAUGCUCCUUUUUCAAUAAAUGUGCUGCGGACCCACUUUGCUAUUCCAAUAUAGACUUGACCACAGUAGUCCCAAAGGUCAAUAACAUGGUAGUUUCAACUAUGAUUCAACGAGCUGGAAAAGGUCUGAGGUCCCUUAAACUUGGGGUUCUCCCCUGCUCCUCUUCUGCAUCACUGGGCUCAUCAGAAGUGCUUCAUUAUGUGAGGAAAUCUCCAGAUAAAUCACGUUUUUCAUGGAAUGAUAAAAGGUUUAGACUGGAAAAAGAAUCAUUUGUACUUACGAGGUCUUGCUUGGCUCCAUUGAAUGCUGAUGGUGGUUCCCCAGGAGCUCUGUUGAGAAGGCUGCACCUCUACAAUAUUGAAAGAAUGGACAAUACUGCAUUUGGAGCUGCAUUAUCAGCUUGCACUUCUUUGCUUGAUCUAGAAAUUGUUGGCCUGCAAGUGGAGUUGAGGCAGACACUGGAGUCGGUGAGUAGAUCUUGUCCUCUAAUAGAGCGUCUCUUUUUUGAAUCAUCAAAAACAGGUAGUGAUGACAGUUUAUUAUUAUUGUCCUGCAAUGAUCUUGUUACCAAUUGUCCACAUGUAUCCUCGCUGGCACUAAGAGGUUUUAAACUGCAUGACUCUAAAGUUCGUGUACUUGUAAAGGGAUUUCGCGAAUUGAAGUGUGUUGACUUUUCAACGUCCUACUCAAUUACCGGCUGCUUUCUUAGGAAUCUGGAUUCCACCGCAGGUGGAAGCUCACUGGAGGUCUUACUUUUGCGGGAAUGUAUGCACUUGAGAGAAUCAGAGGUUUCACGUUUGCUGUCAGCAAUACUAGCAGGACGCUUUAGUAACCUUAGGCACCUUGAUGUGACCAAUCGUGAUGGGCUGGCGUCAGAUGAGGACUGGUGCCAUCGAUGUUUUAUCCCAAGCUUCAUGCCAUUGGACAGGUUACUGAACGCAAGGCCCAAUUUAUGCAUAGUUGCCGAUUUCCCUCAAGACGUGAGUUUUGUAGAGGAGCCGAUGAGCAGUAGUGAUGUUAACAGUGAUAUCGACUCGCCCUUGUUUAUGGGCAGUUCAUCGGAGAUGAGUUAUGGCAGCGAUUUAAGUAGUAGCAAUGAGGGCAGCCUCAUUCGUGAUGACAGCUCGGAUGAGGUGGAGUAG